GAUUUCGCUCCCUGGCCGAGCACGAGUCCGCAGUGCUGUAUAAAGCCACAGUGUUAUAUCUGUGACAAACAAAACACUCAAAAAUAAGCUUCUGCAAAGCUCCUCGGCACAUUGGGCUCGUGCUACUUGACUUCCUGCUUUACCGACAGUGCGCGCAGCGGAAACUAUAAACAUGUCGGCCCUUGCAGCUUCUCACCACGGCCACGCCGCCAAGCCGCAGGCUCGCGAGCGAGCCCCGGUGCGAGUGCCGGUCCCUCGGCCCCAGCGCAUGCGUGUCGUCGCUUCCGCGCAGUCGGGGCCCACGGCCCGUCGCGAUGUGCUAAAUGUGGCACUCUUUGGAGGCCUGGCGUCGUCCAUGCUAGCGGUCACUCCCCAGCAGGCCUCUGCCGCCACGGGCCCGGCCGCGACGCUGGAGAGUGCGUACGGUGCCUUCGGAUCCUUUGUGUCCAGUGGCGACUACUCGACCCUGGACUCGUUCUUCACAAAUGACACCACCUGGCUCUCCAAUGUGAACGGCGGCUUUCAGGGCAAGGGCAAGGCUGACGUGAAGCGCUUCUUCGCAUGGAACCUGGCCGCGAACGCCGUCAGCUCCUUCCGGCCGCUGCAGUUCGUGGAGCAGGGCAACAAGGUGGCGUCCCUGGUGGCCAUGGCGGGCAGCGGCAAGGCGACGGGCCGGCCGUACGACACGGUGUUGGCGCACUUCGCCACCGUGGAGGGCGGCAAGAUCACCGAGUUCAGGGAGGUCGCUGGCUCGGAGUGGAGCGAGGCCAUGGGUGGCGUGCCCUUCCCCAAGUGAUGAAGCACGGUUCAAGGGGUGCACGGUCAAUGGAGCAUCAUUUCCGAGCGGGUCACUGUCAACGGCGUCGACUGCAUGCUUGUGAUUGCGCGUUUGUGUGUUUGCGCGGCCUGUGAGGGCCAAACGGCCGCGAGUCCUGCGGAUCUUGGGUUGGUGUGGUGUGUGCAUUGCCGUGACGGAAGGCAACGAAGAAAGGGGUCGACAGCUGGGCGCAGCAUGCUGGAAAGACACGAAAGAAAAUAUACAGUAAAGGCACCCGCAGUCUGAGAAAAUCAUGGUUCUAGUUUAGUGGUGGAUGGUCCCGGGCGGUUUGGCCCGCGGGUCUUCCAGCCAAUCCACGUUGCUUUGGUACCCGCUGUAAAGCUCCACUUGU